UUGAACUUCGUGUCUGAACCUAUAACCGAUGCGUCACGUCGGCUCUGUCAUUCGAAUCCGCCGGUACGCCCACGCACAUCACACGCUCGCUCCCAAGACGACACCGACUCCGUGACUCUCCAGUUGAGCUGGUGACGCUGCUCGCUCUCAGGCGGUAGAACGGGAUGUUUGGCAUUUGUACCGAUUUGUGCUCGCACGGUGCGUCUUCUGUGAGAUGGACCGAGGAGAUGACCAGUGACCAAACAUGCCUACAGUCCUCCGCGACAAGGAAAAACUUUCCAACGUCUGGUCACUGCUUCGAUGCGCUUUUCAGGACAUUAACCACCCUGGCUGUCCCAGCAACCCUCAGGAGGUGGCCAGGCCCAGAGCUUCCUCUACAACCCUAAAGAAGCAAAGCAGCACACUACUCAGCACAAGCAAUCUCAGGGGGAUGACCCACCCUCACCUGGCGCCUCAAAAAUUCAUGCUCGCUGAUGACUUGAAGCUCAGCAGUGACGAUGAGGAUGCUGACAAGGGCCCUCAACGGUCAGCCCCCUGGGUUGGUAACAACAGUCUGUCGGAGCAGCACACACACACACAUGGUGGGAGGGUGAGACAUUCCAGCUCAGACUCUUCAGUCUCAGACUCCUACAGUGAGUUGGAGGAGGAGAGCAGUAGCCAGUGCUCCCUUAGCUCAAGCCCAGAAACACACUCCGAUCCUGGGACACCCACCGAUGCUCAGGCCCUUGACUGCACCAAGGAGACAUAUCACUCCUUCACCACUCAGUGGCAGCUGGAUAAGUGGCUGAAAAAAGUCCCCAAAAAAUCCUCCUCCUGCGACCAGGAUCCCAGCAAUCACGACCACGCCCAGAGAGCUACAGAGCACCGGUCACCCGCCCCAGACCCCCACAGAGCCCCAUCUCCAUCCAGAUCCAGAGAGGACUACAGCCCCAGCCAGAGCCCUGUUCCCAGCCCGCGCUUCAACUACAGCCCCAGGCAUAGCCCUCGGCCUAGCCCUGGUUACAGCCCCUGCCCCAGCCCCUGUCCCAGUCCUAGCCCCAGCCCAAGACACAGCCCCAUCCCUAGCCCGGUCCCCAGUGUCUGUCCGAGCCCCUGCCCAAGCCCCAGAGCCAGCUGCAGCCCUAGUUCCAUUCCCCGGCACCCCCCUAGGAGUCCUAGUCCUAGCCUUACUCAUUCUAGCCCCCGCCGCUAUCCUCAGGUUCGGAGUCCUUAUCAGGAAAGCCUCAGGCCUCCCACGCGGCCUAGCCUAACAACCAGCCCGAGCCAUAGACCCAAAAUCAGGCCCUGGAUUGCCCCUGUACCCAGCACUGAGCCCAAGAGCAAACCAAGACACAGUCCAUAUCCUCAGCCUCCGCUUCAGCACAACUCCAGGCCUAAACCCACACAGAGCCAGCCUGUUCCCACUCCCAAGACUACAGCCAAGGCAGCCCCUGCUCUGAGCACUGAGCUGAGCCACAGGCACAAACACAGACCCAGGCCUAGUCCCAACUCGAGUCCCAAGCUUCAUUCUCAGCCUAGCUCGAAACACGACCGCACUCUAGCCCCAAAAAGCCAACACCUAUCAACCUCUGGACAAAGGCCCAAGGAGAGUAGCAGACACAGCCACAAUUCCAACUCCAACCCCAGGCCCAGGUUUGGGCCUAGUUUGACAACCAGACUCAGUACCAGUCUCAGUCCCACACCCAGGGCCAAGCACUUACCCGCCACAGACCAUAGCAGAGAGACCAGCAGUAGAGUUGGUCACUGUUCCAAAUCGAGCCCCAAGCCACAUUCUCAGCCUAAGUCCAAAGCUAGUUCUGGGCCUCGCGCUAGAUCCAGCCCCAGCCCUAGACCCAAAGUCAAGUCCCGGGAGGCCCCUGCUCCCCACCCAAAGCUUCCACAGAAGAAGCCCCAAUCCAGGGAGAGAAAACAGGAGGUGGACAACCAGAGAGAGACCCAUGCACCAGAGAGGCAGGUAGACAGGCAGACAGAGGGAAAGGGGGAAAAUGAGGUAGAGAGACAGGCAGAAAAACAAGGAGAGAGGCAGGGGGGGAAACAGAAGGAAAGAAAGGGGGAGAGACAGGGAGAGAGAAGACUGGCGGAGGAGCAGUUGCUAAGACGCCCCUGGGUCCAGAGCUCAGAGGAAGAGGAGGAAGAGGACAUAGAGGAGAGAAAAAGGAGGAGGGAGGAGAGAGAGAGAGAGGAGAAGCGCAAGAGGAGGAGGAAGGAGCAACAGCAGCAGCAGAGAGGCGAAUGGCAAGCGGUCCAGCCCAAGCAGAGACCUCACACCAACAGCGAGCGACGCCGCCAUCCCAUCGACCCACAACGCCACGGGACCAAUAAAAAGAGGAAGAGUGAGGAGGAAGAAGAGAGACAGUCUCAGCAGGACCCUUCCCCUCUGCCGUCGCCCUCCUCCCCCACUCCUGUCGUCCCUCCCACGGACUCCUCCUCCUCUUCAUCAUCUUCCUCUUUGGUGUCGGACUCGGAGCCCGAUCUGACUCCCAACGUCACCAAAGUCCAGGCCGACUCCACAUCAAGCCAGCGUCCCAUCCCCAGAAGAGGAUACCAGGGCCCGGGGAGGCCCGCGGAUAGCAGGCCCAGAGUGCUCUACCCCAGGCGCACCACCGCAUCCAACCCAGGCCAGGGGCAGGAGAUCCAGGGGAAGCAGAAACUCUACACCCUGGUCCCGUUUGGACGUAGUGAGCAGGCCGCAGACUCCCAUCGAGGCCUGAGAAACUUGGUGGUGCAGAUAGACCUCUCCCUGCUCGACAGAGUGCCUGAUACUACGACAGGCACCCGAGCCUCUCACAAACACUCUUCCUCCUCCUCUUCCAAGCAGAAAGAGGCCAUGAGACACCUGUGCAUCCCCGAGACAGAGGGAGGAGACAGCAAGAGGAAACGCAAGUCAGAGAAUGGAGUCCAGCACCACAAAGAGAGUAAGAGGAGUAACUCCCACACCAACGACCCCUCUACCCACACAGAGUCUACAACUCAAAGACGUCUAGACCCUCACUCAGACACCAGACACAACUGGUUCUUAGAGGACUAUCUGGACAGUAAGAGGCCAAUGUCCCCCCUGUCCCCUCUCUCUGACACCCCCGACCCCACCAAGCCCCCCAUCAAAGCACAGCACCCAGAGCCUAAGAUGGAGGUUGAGUGUUGUGUUGGGGUGUCAGGGCAGCCCCAGCCCGAGUGUGAAUCAUGGGGACCUCCUUUACGACGGGCAGGGGGACAGAGAGGAACCGUACCCAACCAUGAACCCCCACAUCAUGCUGAGUACUACAUGCAUGAAGCCAAGAGGAUGAAACACCGUGCAGAUGCCAUGGUGGAUAAGCUGGGGAAGGCAGUGAACUAUGUGGAUGCUGCUCUCUCCUUCAUGGAGUGUGGAAAAGCUAUGGAGGAGGGUCCACUGGAGGCCAAGUCUCCCUAUACCAUGUACGCAGAGACGGUAGAGCUUAUCAGGUACGCCAUGAGGCUGAAGAGCCACUCUGGCCCAGGGGCCAGACAGGAAGACCAACAGUUGGCCGUACUGUGUUUCCGGUGCCUUGCUCUCCUGUACUGGCAGAUGUUUCGUCUAAAGAAGGAUCAUGCCCUGAAGUAUUCCAAAGCUCUAUUGGACUACUUUAAGAGUUCUCCAAAAGUGCCUACUACUCCCCCAAUCUGGAGCGACUCGGGAAAGGGCACAGGGGGACCUCCCUCAUCACUCUCCCCGAGCCCCUCAGCCCUCACCCUGGGCUCUCACACUAGCAGCUCCCCCUCCUCCCUCAUCAGCAUUCCCCAGCGCAUCCAUCAGAUGGCAGCAAACCACCUCAACAUCACCAACAGUGUCCUCUACAGCUAUGAGUACUGGGAGGUAGCAGAUAGCCUGGCCAGAGACAACAAGGGUUUUCUCAGUAUGAGUCGAGAUGGACGGAGGAAGAGGGACAGGGAUGACAACGGUUGGGCUUCCAGGGGUGGCUACAUGGCUGCUAAGGUGUCCAAGCUGGAUGAGCAGUUUAAGAUGGACGCCCCCAGAGAGAAACAGAAAGAUGGAGCCUGCUCUAGCAUCUUCACUGGGGUGGCCAUCUAUGUCAACGGGUACACAGACCCCACUGCGGACGAGCUGCGCAGGCUGAUGAUGCUGCAUGGGGGUCAGUUUCACAUGUACUACUCCCGUUCCAAGACCACCCACAUAAUCGCCACCAACCUGCCCAAUAGCAAGAUACAGGAGCUGAGGGACAAGAAGGUGAUCCGGCCGGAGUGGAUCACUGACAGUAUCAAGGCUGGCCAUCUCCUGUCCUACCUGCAGUACCAGCUCUAUGCCAAGCAGAAAGGCCUGAGCUUCCCCAGUGUGUGUGUUCGCCAGGGCCAAGAGGCUGCAGGAACCAGCAGCGGGGAAACCCAACCCAGCCACGGCCUCCCCGUACCCAGCCUCAAUAACCUCAUACCUGGCCACAACAACCCAGCCCCCAGCCUUGGGAAGCCCAGCCAUAGUCAUCUACACACAGACAAUCUCCUCCCCCAGCAUAAUCCGCUAGCUGGCCACCUCAACCCCCAGCCCAGCCACUCGCUCCCCCUCCCCAGUCACCUCUACCCUCAGUCCAGACACCUUAGCCCAGGACGCGGCUUCCUCAGCCCCUUCUCCUCCAAUCACCUCUACUCUGACCCAGGACACAUCCCCCACCACCCACCCAGCCAAGGGCAGCCCAAGCAAGGCUGCAUCCGGCCUCUUGCUCCAGCCGACACCCACCCGCAGACCCCCGAUCCCAUCCCAGCUCACCCCAGCGAUGAGCACUCUAAACCUGGGCACGCACAACCUCAGUCCAGCCCCUCCUUCUCCAACCACCUCCAGCACAGCUACCGGGAUCUGGACUUCAGACUGAAUGGAUCAUUACUGACCUCCUAUGACAAGACGAGGACCGCCCAAAUAAACUGGGUGCAAGACGGGGGCAUUGAGGACCCCUGUCCUGUCAGACCCCCAAGAGGGGCGAAGGACCCCCCUCUGACCAACGGUCACACCCACCCUGUGAAUGGUGCCUUAAAGCCUCUGGAUCUCUCCCCCAACCCCACGCGACCCACCACGGACAGAGCCCUGAACCUUGACAGCAAGUCCACAGGGGUGUCUGUGUCCCUGCAUCCUGCCAGCCCCCUAUCCAACUCCUCUUUGAAAUCUGACCCCCCCAAACUUCUCCACAGCCCCCCCAGAAACCCAACCCCUCCCCUUGUGUCUCACUACAGACACCACGCACAACUGGCCAAUGAACAGAGACCCAAACCCCCGCCGCCCACCUAUCAGGAGGCAACGGCUGCCUCGGCGUCCCGCCCCCUCGAUCUCCCACCUCCGAAGCCCUGUCAAUCAGAUUCCCCUCCUGAGAAACCCCUCCCCCUUGCUAACCCAAACCCCUCCCCUUCUCCUGUCCGUCUGAAUGGCAGUCACCACAAUGACUUUUCUCCUAACCCCGCCCCUCUGGAAACCAACCACCAAUCAUCACUGGCGAAGACUGGGGGGAUCAUCUCAGAGUACUACUCCCACUCUCGUCUACAUCACAUCUCCACGUGGAGAAGUGAGUUCUCUGAAUAUGUCAACACGCUGCAGAGCACGAGGAGGGCCACAGGCGCCACAUUCCCCGGGACAGACAGGCUCAGAUGCCAGAGGAGAGAGGGUUCCUCAGCUGCUCCUGGCCCUCAGUCCUGUAUCCUGCAUGUGGACAUGGACUGUUUCUUUGUCUCUGUGGGGAUCAGACACCGGCCAGCCCUCAAAGGGAAACCAGUAGCUGUGACCAGUAACUGUGGUCCAGGUAGAGUGGCCCAGAGGGCUGGUGUUGACUGCCAGCUGGAGCUGCAGUACUACCAGAGGAAAUACUCACAUGCAGGUGUCUCAGAGAGGAAGGAUGGGGACCUGGAGGAAAUGACCGCGGCAGAGAGUCACGUCUCCCACGGCAACGGCAUGGACCUGGACACAACUUCCCUCUCUAUGGCUGAGAUUGCCUCCUGUAGCUACGAGGCCAGGCAGGCAGGUGUGAGGAAUGGGAUGUUUUUUGGCCAGGCCAAACAGCUGUGUCCCUCCCUGCAGUCUGUCCCUUAUGACUUCCAGGCUUACAAGGAAGUGGCACUGGCUAUGUACGAGACCCUCGCCAGUUAUACUCACAACAUCGAGGCUCUGAGUUGUGACGAGGCGUUGGUGGAUGGCUCCGCCCUGCUGGCUGAGUUGGGUGUUACACCUGAAGAGCUGGCCAGUGCCAUCCGGACAGACGUCAGGGAGAGGACAGGGUGCACUGCCUCGGUGGGCAUGGGGUCCAACAUCCUGCUGGCGAGGAUGGCGACCCGGAAGGCCAAGCCGGACGGACAGUACCUCCUGAGGUCAGAGGAAGUAGACGACUUCAUCAGGGACCACACGGUCACUAGCCUGCCAGGUGUGGGCCGUUCUAUGGGCGGGAAGCUGGCGUCUCUGGGUGUGAGGUCAUGUGGGGACCUGCAGCAGGUGUCUCUACAGCGGCUGCAGAAGGAGUUUGGCCCUCGCACCGGGCAGACCCUCUUCAGGUUCUGUCGAGGUCUGGAUGACCGGCCCGUCCGCAGCGAGAAGGAGAGGAAGUCUGUCUCGGCCGAGAUGAACUACAACAUCCGCUUCACACAGGUGGACGAGGCGGAGUCGUUCCUGACCAACCUGUCCAUGGAGGUACAGAAGCGUCUUCAGGGGGUGGGGCUUAGGGGUCGCAGGCUGACCCUAAAGGUCAUGGUGCGUAAGGUGGGGGCCCCGGUGGAGCCAUCCAAAUAUGGUGGUCACGGCAUCUGUGACAAUCUGGCCAGGUCAGUAACCCUGGCCCAGCCGACAGACAGUGGUCAGCUGAUAGCCAGUGAGGUCAUCAAGCUGUUCCACGCAAUGAGGCUGGAGGUGCAGGACCUGAGGGGGGUGGGCCUUCAGGUGCAGCUCCUUGAGGGGGCCCACUCAGCCCCCCAUGGCCCUAAAACGCGCUCCAUCAGAGACAUGCUUCUGGCGCAGCGGCCACCCACCCAACACAACCACACAGAUUCGCUACCUAAUGCUCCUGUUGCUGACUCAACCACCAAUCAGGAGAAGAAUUCCUCUGCCAGAGUCCCGCCCCCCUUCUCCACUCUCCGCCCUCCUUCACCUGCUGAUCCAAUCCCAGGGACGAGUAAAGAAGAGCCGCCGCCCCCUACACGCACACCUAACCAUGUUCGGACACGCCUCAACAUCAGCAUCGAGGUCCCCUCUCCUUCACAGGUGGACCGGUCAGUGUUGGACGCCUUGCCUGCAGAAUUGAGAAAACAGGUGGAGCGCUCCUGGACCCACAGAGACGCAGAGGGAUCCCACAACGGGUCACACCACCGCCCCUCUAGCCCUCACCCCUCUUCCCCUCUUUCUUCCCCCUCGUCUCCCCUUCUACCCUCCUCUCCUCCUCCCCCCGCUGCCCUUCCUGUAGGAACACUGGUGCUUCAGAUCCCCAACCAGCCUGGACAGACCGGCUCCACGGGCAUCAUACUGGAACUGCCUGACUUUUCCCAGGUUGACCCGGAGGUGUUUGCAGCGCUCCCCAGAGAGCUCCAGGAGGAACUGCGUUCAGCGUACGGCCGCAGAGAGACCGCCCAGGCCCAGGGGAUCAUGGCAGAGCAGAGGAACCCCCUGUUGCAGCUGAAGCAGGUAGGGGUGGGGGCGGGUCGGGUGAAGAGGCGCUACAAGAAGAAGAACGCCAACUCCAGCCCCGCUAAGAAAGGCCCCUCCCCUCUAAAGAAGCCCCACCCACCAGGAAACAGCCCCGCCAAAGCCCUACAGCACUCGCUCAGACCGAGGGACCUAUCCAGCGGCCUCAAGCUGGAGAAUGGACCUUCCACAUCCUCCCUAAAGCAGGAUGUCCCAGAGACUCUGUCUAAGUUCACCCCUCGCCCCGAACCCACCCUGGCUGGAGCCUGUGAUUUCACGGACAUCCGAACACUCCUCAGAGAAUGGGUCACUACCAUCUCAGGUCUUUGUCCUUUCCCCCCGCCCUCAGAACCCAUGGAGGAGGACAUUCUGCAGGUGGUCAAGUACUGCACUGAUCUGAUCGAGGACAAAGACCUGGAGAAACUUGACCUGGUCAUCAAGUACAUGAAGAGGUUGAUGCAGCAGUCUGUGGAGUCUGUAUGGAGCAUGGCCUUUGACUUCAUCCUGGACAACGUGCAGGUGGUGGUACAGCAGACCUACGGCAGCACUCUGAAGAUCAUAUAGGAGAGGACACGGCAGGCUCUAGCCAAGUCUCAAAUCACACCCUAUUCCCCAUAUAGUGCACUGGUCAAAAGUAGUGCACUAGUAUGUGGGGGAUAGGAUGCCAUUUGAGAUCCAGUUUUGCUCCUCCAAACGCUCUGCAUCAAAUUGUUCUGUUUGUUGUGCCACUGUUUCAUCAUCAAACUAUUACAUCAUAAUCCUGUGGGAGGAGCUGUGUCCUAACCUGGACACUUGUUCUCUUCUUGUGACAUCACAGUGAAAGAGUUCUGUGGCAUUGUGACAUCCGCACAGCCAGCUCCAUAGAAUUAGGAAUAAUAGGAUCUCUAUGGCAAGCUCUCUAUCUGACUAUGACAUCAGCAGAGCCUGACCUGCGUUUUGUGUUGGCUUCAUUAUAACACACGUCAGCAGAACAGAGCACAGAAAUCGUCUGCAAUACACUUCAGCAGCCUGAAAAUCAACUCGGCCCAACACGCACUGUCCCAACCUUUCAUUGGCCGGGGGGGGGCAGGAACCCUCCUUCUGUAGCCCCUAUUGGUCAGGACCCACUGAAUCUCAUGAGUGAUGGCUGACUCAGCCAUUAGGUGUGUGAAUAUGCCAAAUAUCACAGUCUGAUGCCUAGAGAUGGUGGCCAUGGAAUCUCCUUGCCAUCUCGACGGUCUACUCUGCCCCCCCACCCCUUUUCUGUGACAUCCAGGGUUUGGAGGCAGAAAGAAGGAAACCAUAGACAUCCACUCUUCCUGGUUCUGUUUCUUUUCUCUCUGCUUUUUACCAGUCGUUCUGUUACUCUAAGCUCUGCCACCAUAGCCUCAGAAGUAUCUGCAAACUGACAUGGUAGCAAAAAGAUGCAAAAACACCAUGUUUGGGAGAUUGUUUUUGGUUUGGUUUUUAAAAAGCAAGCAAUUUUUUGUACCUUUCCUCUGCAAAAAAGUGCCAAGCCUUGUUGUUAUGGCAUGUAAAUAGUGUUUUCAACACCUCUUGUUAAGUUUCAAAAGAAAAAGCUUGUUUCUAUAUAGACAUUCUUAUUUGUUUUCUCUUGUAUUGGUUACAAGUAGUGUGUUAUUAACUGUUGUUAGUUCUCUUGCUCUUUCAUCGUGGGUGUGUGUUUGUGAUGGGAUGGAAACCAGAAUUUGGCCAAAGCCCUUAUGUUACUUUUUUAUGCAACCUCUAUAGGUUAAGACAGAAUCUCAAUGGUCUGAAGUGGCUUCCUCUCCUUCAACUACACUGAUGAGAAAAUAUAGGAGAAUCAAUACCGUAUCGCUUUGGAUAGCUACUAUGUGACGUGCAGAUUUAUGAAAGGAGGUGAGGAGAGGAAGCCAUUUUAGAUUGUGAGGCACCCACUCUCCUUAUGAGCUGUCAAUGCUCUCUGACAUUAAAUGAAAUGAUAAUACUCGCUUGUGACCUCACAAUGUCACACACAUUAAAUGUUCUCUUAUUGUGACAUCGCGGGAUACAAAUGUUCAAGAGAACACACAUUUGUUGCAAAAAGAAGAACUGACAGUUUUCUCUCAUUGUGACAUCAGCAGAGUGGAUGACAUGGUGGUUUUGAAAUGGUUUCUACUGUACCUGAUCCAUAAUCAUAUAACGGUGAGUAUGCUGGUGAAAUUAUUGUAGUUCUAAACACAGGACACAAGCAGACAACCCGUAAUUCUGAGUUUAUUUCCUUAGAAUUUGUAUGCUGUGAUCUCUGAGUGAAUGUGAAAUACUCACUUUUCCUUUCAUCUGCCCUAACUCUACUAAAGGGAAGGGCCAGAAGGAAUUAUCUCAUUGGACAGUGUACCUGUCUAUCACGACUGACCCGUGCCUGAAGACCUGAAGCUGUGACAUCAUUUGUAUGUUUUCUAAGAACUUGUUAAUAAACUUGGAACUUAUAAAAUUCUU